AUGCACUUGAUUGAGCGGCAAUUGCAGAAUGCAGUCAACAAACUAGUUUCUUGGUGUGAAAGAAAUGGGCACACUCUUUCUUCAGAAAAGAGUCGUUGCGUACAUUUCUGCCGGAAGCGAAACAUGCAUCCAGACCCUAUAAAUAAUAUUCGGGGGAUUGCUAUCCCCGUUGAAAAUGACGUGCGAUUUUUAGGUGUAAUUUUUGACAGAAAGAUUACUUUCCUUCCGCAUAUUCUACAUCUACGGAAGAAGUGUGAAAAAUCUCUUAACAUCUUAAAAGUGCUGUCAAAUACAUCUUGGGGUGCCGAUCGCCCAUCCCUACUUCGAAUAUACCAAGCCAUCAUUUUAUCCCGCAUUGAUUACGAGUGUAUGGUCUAUGGUUCUGCACGCCCUUCUGUUUUGCGCCGACUUGAUACAGUAUAUCAUUCUGCCCUUAGAAUUUGCUCUGGUGCUUUCCGCACUUCACCUGUGGAAAGCCUGUAUGCUAUCUGCAAUCAAAUGUUUUUAGAUUUGCGCCGUCGGAAAUUAACUGCACAAUAUUUCCGAGUGCAGUCGAUACCGAAACACCCUGUUAGCCAGCUGUCCCUUCCAGUUGGUCUUUGGAAACUUUAUGACACACGACCCUCUCACAUCCUUCCCUUUAGUGAGAUAAUUAAAAUUCUACUUCAGGAUGCGGGACUUUAUGAUGUUGUAAUUCAAACUUUUAAUUGCUUUUCUUUCCCGCCUUGGGAUAUUCCAAAGUUUUCAUUUUUGAAUCCACUUUCAGGAUUUGAUAUAUCUACAACCGCACCAAUUAUUUUUCAGCAACUUUUUAACUAUCAUCGCUGUCAGUAUAAUUCAUACACAGAGGUCUUCAUUGACGGAUCCAAAUCUAAUAGACGUGUUUGCAACGGAGUUGUAUUACCUACCGAGACGCAUAACUACUCUCUACCCACGUUAUUCUCAGUUCUGACUCCCGAAUCGGUCGCAAUAAUAUAUGGCCUUCAAGUGAUUUCGACUUCCUGUUCUCGCAAUUUCUGUAUUUAUACCUACAGUAUGAGUGCUCUGGAGUCUCUUUCCAAUUUUAGUUAUCGAAUACAUCCAGUUGCUUUAGACAUAUUGAUUUUUCUUCGCACCCUCGAAAACAGACUUUAA